AUGGGCCUGAUCCCCCAGCAAGUGCACAUUUUCCGCAAUGGCCUUGUCAUCGGCGCAUGCUCGACCAUGUUCAUCAACGGCUGGCUAUUUGUCACACAAGUCUACUACAUCCCCGCCUUCUUCCAGUUAGCAUACGGCCUCUCGCCCGUCAAGUCUGGCGCCCUUCUCCUCCCUAUAACCCUGACUCAGACCAUUUCCAGCACCUUCUCAGGGCUAAUAGUGCAUUGGAUGGGGCGAUAUCGAGAAAGCAUUAUCAUCGGCUGGAUCACCUGGACAGUCGGCCUCGGUCUUUACUCUACCCUGGACACCGCCCACUUUGAUCUGGGCAAAGCCAUCGGUUACGGCCUGCUUACUGGAUUUGGCGUCGGCCAGACGCUGCAACCGUCGCUAAUCGCCAUACAAGCAGGAGUCGCCCGGCACGACAUGGCCGUGGUGACCUGCACGCGCAACUUCGUGCGCAAUCUCGGGUCUACGCUAGGUCUAGCUGUAGCUGCAACCGUCAUCAACUCGUCGCUCCAAUCUGUGGUAACGGGGCACUCUGCCGCCCAGGUUCUCGAUGACCCGGACGCAUAUCUCGCUACGGUUGCCGAAGGAAACCGCCAGGCGGCAAGAGAUGUGAUCUUGUCUGGGUAUUCUCGAGGUUUUCGGCACGUCUUUUACAUCAAUGCCUCGUUGAGCGCUUUGGGUGCUGUGAUUGCGUAUUUCAUGAUACCUCAGAUUACUCUUGAUCGGCCAGAUGAUGCUGCGCUGAACCAGCAACGGGAUCUCGAUUCGAAACCGAAGGAUGAAAAGUCUGCUGCUCAAGCUUGA